ACGAACUCGACGUUAGAAAUUAAUGCUACCGUGGACCUUUUAAUUGUUAACCACAACCAAAGAGUGUCGAACAUGUCAUUCCUAAGGAUUCUGAUGCGGUUUAUUAAAAAAGUAGGAAAAAAAAUUGGUCAAUAAUGUAAGCCGCAUGGACAGCAAAACAUCGAUCAAGGUUGUUGGUGUGUCGAUUGUGUCUCCCUCCUUCGGGAGCUCCUUGCAGCCAGAGCAAAUAGGAAUUGUUUUGAACACUCUCACGCAAACAAGUACUACUAGCAUUCGUCUGUAUGCAAAGAUUGAGCUGUAGAGCGCUCUAGACUGCGUCACUUGGACUGUGGCAGCAACGCAAAGUGGUAGCACGCGCCAGGAAGCCCGCGCUUAUCGCGGCCAAACUAUUGAAGGCAAUCGAGCACAAAUCGAUUCGACAUUGUUGUUGCAGAUUAUACGUUACUUAGUUCUGUAAAGUAAUGCUGCACUACUCAGCAAGCAAGAUUGGGGAACAAUCGUUUGACUAUUUCUGAAGUAUUCUGACGAAAAACGUGCGUUUUCUGUGCAGAACGUAGUGCUCCAACGAUAAGAUCGAUUAAAACCGUGUGUAACGCACCUGCUCCACGAACCAGCUAAAGUUUCGGCGUUAUUCAGUGAGAGAAGAUCAUCUAUCUACAUCGUUGAUCGCUGUCGAUCGCAGUGCCUAUAAUGCAAGCCAUCGGUUACAAUGAGCGAUUUUUCAUCGACAAUUAUUCCACUAUGGACGAGGACGAUGAGCUGUAUCUGAGCUAUGACUGGUCAUCAGACGCAAUGUCGAUUAAAAGCGCCGGAAGUGACUCAAGCCGAUCCGAUGAUUUUGAUCAAAACGGCGAGCGACUAUCGUUGGCGUAUGAACAGCUGUCUCAGAUCCCGCGCAAAAUCGCCGAGAAGUUCUCCCGCACGACGACUAUCUUGGAUUUGAGUUACAACGAGAUCAAGGACUUGUCCUUUCUGACACACUUUCGGCAGCUGAAUACGCUCAUCUUGGACAAAAACGUACAGCCGGACGAGCGGACAUUACCAACACUUCCCAACCUGGAGCUUCUAUGGCUCAACCACUGUGAUAUCAUUAACCUACAGAACUGGAUCUACCGUAUACGGGAAUGUUGUCCACUGCUCAAGUACCUAUCGCUGAUGGGUAACCCGGGAGCAACCUCCUCCUUCAACGGUAACUCUACCCUGGAGCACAACGACUACCGGUUGUUUGUGAUCAGUAUUUUGCCACAGUUACGUUACCUAGACGAUAGCGAAGUGACGGCAGCUCAGCGAACACAGGCGAAAAGUUUCAAACAAAGCUACAACCUUAACCAAGGUCCGUACAACAUUUUCGAGACUGUGGGACGUCGUCAGCAGCCGGUGCUUGUGGAAACUCCAACCACUCCGACGACGAUCCCGUCGAUCACUCCGUCGAUCAAGCCAGCUACCAAAAUGUCCAACCCACAGAAGAAGCAUCGAAAGCGUCGUAGCGGUGGCACACAGUCGGAAAAUUCGUAGAGCAUACCACUUCGCAAGAUAAACCGUGUUGUAAUGUGUCUUAGUCUUAGCCCGUAGCCCAUAAUGACUAGUACGCAAGAACCAUGAAUAACGAAGCAGUAGAUUUUCAAAGGUGCAAUGUACUGUUCUUUCUAACGAUUAAGUUUUGUAAUAAAGAAUUGACCUCAGGCAUGGAAUGCUGACCAAUCACCAAAA